ACACGACGUGUAUAGUGAAGUAUGUGAUAAGCACAAGAGUAGUAGCUAACUCACGAGACGGGUCCAAUCUGAGCUCAGGCCCGUGCUUAUCAGGACACAGGUGACGAGCAAAUGACGCAGGGCACAAGUUGACGCCACAGCAUGUACUGUAAUUCAACCUCGAAACAAAAUCAUCAUCAGAUCCCUGCACCCGAAUCCAGGAGUUCGCGGUGCAUUAAAGACAGGUAAGUUGGAAAACUGAGACCAGAGGCCGGGCUCGAGAGGAAGAGCACAUUCCAGGCACUGGCACGGCCGGUGAAAGCACACCGGGGCAAGUUGCAGGCAAGAUUAGGAAGACAAAGCGGAGUCAUAAGGGCUAAGUCGAAUGCGCAUUCGCCGAGGACGAUCCGUACGUUGGCAGAGGACCGACAGGUGGCGGCGUCCCGGCCGAGGAGUGGCUUCGGGGCAAGUUCCGGCAGAGAUCGAUGGUCCGUUGAACCAUGCGCUGCAGAUCGGACCUCUCGCGCUUCUGAGCUCUACAUUGAGAGGCUGUACCGCGAGUUUGGCUGGUGCUGGAGGACGGGAUUCCGUGCGCUUGGUUGGUGGACGACGAGCGGAGGGGCUGGAGAAUUGGCCGCGCCGCUGAGAUUUGCGUGAAUUGGAGAUGCGUUGAAGAUUAACGAGCAUAGGAUAAGCGAGAAGGGCUGCGAUGGCUUCCACUGCAGGCCUUGUGCCGAUUACGCGUCACUUUCUUGCGAAAUACUAUGAGAAAUACCCGUACUCCCCACUCAACAAGGAACUUCCCUCGAUUAUCGAUUCCCUGAAAGAGAAGUUCAAUCGCAUGGACCUUGAGUAUCAGAAAGCUUCAGGGAACAAACAGAUGAUGGAAGAGUUGCAAAUCAUCGUCCCUCAUAAGAUUGAUGAGAAUUUGUGGAAAAAUAGAGAACAGAUUGAAGAGAUUCUUCAUCUAUUUGAGGAGGGCAGUUGGCCGAAAGCACUCAAAGGACAGUCUGCUUCAACCAAUGUUGUCAAAGCACUAGAGAGGCUUGGAGGGAUCCUGAAGAGUUUGUUGAAGGAUAUAGAGAAAUUUCAGGUCGCAAACAGUGACAGGGUCUACAAUAUGGUUCUCACUUAUAUGCCCCAAGACUUCAGAUGCUCACUGAUCAAACAGCAAAGAGAGCGAUCAGAAAAAAGACGACAAGCAGAAGUGGAGGCUCUUGUUAAUGCUGGUGGAAGUAUUCGCGAGAAGUUUGUGUUGCUUUGGAAACAGCAGAUGGAAAGACGAAGACAAUUAGCACAACUCGGUUCAGGUUCAGGAUUGUACAAACAACUUGUGAAGUUCCUCGUGGGAGUACCACUGGUGCUACUUGAGUUCGUUAAACAGAUCAAUGAUCAUCAAGGGCCGAUGGAAGAGCAACGAGAGCGUUACGGCCCUCCUUUAUACCAGAUUACGACGUUGGCCAGUUACAUCCGAAUAUUCACCCAAUUUUGGUGGCUAACUUUCGACAAUGCUGAUUCGCAAACGGAAGAUAUGCUUGCACAGUUAGAGAAGUCCGUCGAUGCAUAUGUCACGGAUUUCAAGCACUAUCUGAAAUUUAUGGGAGAAGUAUUCGAAAAUUCACCUUUCCUCAUAUCUGCAGAAGAAGCAGGACUCACAGAAGAGAAGUUUGACGAUUUUGAGGAGACUCCUAUUCCUCCAGGAAAAUUUCAUGAGGUGGCAGUCAAAGUUGAAUGUGAAGGAUCAAUCGUGGCCUGGGAUUUCAGAUUGACAUCAGGAAAGGAUGUGGGUUUCCAUGUUGACUUUAUCAACGAAAGUGGGAGCAAAGUGCCUAUGGUACCUUACAAACGAUACGAGGCAAAUCAGCCAAAUCAGGGUGAUUUUCCUUCACCAUUUGUUGGCCACUACAAGCUUGUGUGGGAUAAUAGUUACUCAACGUUUUAUCGGAAGAUCGUACGCCACAAGUUGGACGUUAUCCCCCCUGUUGCCCCCCAAUCUCCCGAUAUGAGCCUUGUGGAGGAAGACGAACAAACAUAAGUAGAAGUUACUCGUGAGAUUCUUUCACACUGGUAGGGGUUCGGCAAGAGUUGAUUGAUUAAGCAGGAUGUCGAAAUGUACAAGUAUAAAUCCUGUCACGUGCAGCACUACUGGUCACACACGUCCGCUGCGAAGUUGGUUCCAACUACUGUGCAGAUGGGGAAUAGGAUAUUUGAUCCGAACAUUGAUUCUAAAAGAGGUUUCUCGGAGUUCGGUGAAAGCCAUAAGUAGAAUCAGUGUUAUAGAUCCCACCUAGACGUUUGUUGCAAUUGGAUAGUCAAUAGAGAAUUGUAAAUUGACUAGGUAGAUCAGGCCUAUAAUAAGAUUUGCUGGCGGGGACUUCGAAAGACUUGUCUUUCAGAACUGAGAAUCUCGAUCUCCCAACCGUAACGUUACACUCAAGCCUUUGAGUGAGGUUGUCAUAUGUAAGGUACAGUAGUGAAGUAGAUUGUCGUAAUACAUGAUCUAUGUCAUGUGCGCUCCUCUGAUUAGUACUAAUUCUACGGACUGGUACAUUCAUUCCUUUCAGUCCAAAUUUUUUGAGGCAUUUGAACAAUAAAAGUUGACGUUUUGAGAAGUAGCCUGUACGGUAUACGUCAGGCUGAACCAGACGGGCAACAUGGGAUUUCCUGAGUUGGAGGUCUCAUAUUCAUUGUACAUCAUGCUUUUUCCUAAGAAAUUUUUAAGAAAUAUG